UGCGCAGUUCGUCGAUCACGUCCUACUUUGAGUGGAAUGAUAUUGAACCGGCGCUAACUUCGUUAUUGUCAUUGGUGCGCUUGUUGACGCAAGUAGAUGGUGAUCGGUGGUGCUAAAAUUUCGCGAAAAAAACAAUAACAAUAAUGGAAAAUCCCGAAGAAAUACUCCACAGUUUAGAGGAAUUCUCGAAAACCAAGCCCAAGGACAUACCGCGCGAACUGGAGGAGUACCUUUGUUUUGUGGCGAAAACAGGGGACCCUGUGUACCAGUGGUCGGCAAUAAAGAGCCUCUUUCGCGAGAAGAUGAUUAACGUUAUAACGGAGUUCUACGAGACGUGCCCUUCGGUCGAGAUACCCCCUUGUCCCAACGUGGACAUUUUCAAUUACGACCUUAUGAAGAAUUUUAUUUUAGAGAAGUUGGACACGUUUGCGGCGGCCCCCUUCACGUUACAGAGGAUUUGCGAGCUGUUGACGACUCCGAGGAAGGAGUACAAUCGGAUAGACAAGUACAUGAGGGCCCUGGAGAAGAAUAUCCUAGUUGUGAGCACCACUGAACCUGGGGGCAGGAGGAACACGGAGAACGGGGAGGGCAUUAUGAACGGGUUGGAGUCGGAACAUUUGCCGGAAACUAGCAAUAGCAGCAAUGACAUCAACGUGGAAGAAAUGGACGAUGCGCCAGCUUGGCCUAGAUUGCUACAGAACGAAAAUGUUCCAUAUCAAAAUGAGAAUAGCAACAGUAAUGACAUUCAAACCCAGCCAAUUGUACAAGAAACGGUGGUCACCGCGUCUAAGCUACCAGAUGUGGCCUGCAGCUCGUCUCAAGACACUGUCAUAACGUGUCGAAGCUCAGAGGAGCCCUACGUUUCGAUUGAACCUGUGCCAUCAAAUACUUGCACCAGAUCAGACCCAGAUGAGACGGAUGUCUCGGUUACCAUCACUGCCAUACCUGCAGGGGUCCAAAAGAGACGAAACAGUGUCGAACCGGUCGUUUCGUCAGAAACCGAAGAAAUCACCGAGUCUUGUGACCAAUCUGACAAAACCAGCGAACCUUCCAAAGAAUCUGAGGCUAAACAAGAGGAAACGCCUUCGUCGCAGCAAAUCGAGGACGCAGACUCGUCCUCAAGCGCUGAAGACGACAAGGAAUCGGUUGAAAGUAAGGAGGAGAAAACUGUGGACGAUGCGGUCCCUCAGAGCGAGUUAUCGUCGACUGAGUGCGAUAAAAACGAGGAUGAAGUUGGCACAUCGCAAGAGAAACUUGACGAGAAUCCGGACGAAAGCGAAGAAAUAACUGUCGAUACCACCAAGUGUUCAAAUGCCUCCCCAACACCACAGGAAGAAACUAAAGAAGACCUCGAAAUUACGUCUUCUGACAAAAUUGAUGAGGUGCACUCGUCACAAAGCGAAGCUGAAGCGAAAAUUGAAGAGACUGAGAAAUGUGAAGAAUCUCAAGCUGCUCCCGAAGAAGGGGUGAAAGAGGCAAGUGAAGAGGCGGCGACUGCGAUGGAUGUGGAUGAGUUUAGCGAAAAAGUGGAAGAGGUUGUCAGGGCUGAAGCUACGUCAGACUCACCUUUAUAAUUUAGAUAAUUUUUUUCCUUAAUUAACGAUCAAGGCUAACAAACGCGCCUUCUUAAUUGUUAAGUAUUUAUACAAUGUGUAAUUAUGCAAACGAAGUUUUUUCAUUUUACUAGAAUCUGUAGGGUUCGUCUGAUUCGUCAACAAAAUUCGUUUUUUUUAAAUUUGUAUGUAGAGCGUAGGUAAAUAAAUUUGUACGUAAUAAAGAACUGAAUAAAUGGUUUAUCUAUUGAAA